UUACGAUCAAGAAGAUCAAGACCUGUUGCGAAAUACAAAUACCCUAGGGAAAAGGGAAAAUGCAAGUGAUACUGAGGAAGAACGAUCACCUAAGUUUUCGGAAUCCAAUCAGCACUCUAUCUUUUAUGGAGGACUUCCAAGUUAUGAAGAGGGCAUAGAGAUUGACCCGGAAUUAGUACUUAAAGAAACUAAUGAAGCCAUGAUUCCUUAUUUUGAACGCUCUUUCAAUUAUGAUUUUUGGAAUUGUUGGACAUUAAAAUCUGGUUCGGUAGUUACUGAAUUGCUAGAGAAAGCAUCAAAUGUCAAAGGACAUCCUCUGAGACCAGAGGUUUGGAGAAUCAUCCGUUGUGGUUUCAAGAUAGCAAAACCGAAAUGGUUAAGUAAUGAAGAGUACACCGAGAUACAGAGCUUUGCGAAACGCUCAAGUAUUACAAGCCCUCCAAAAGAUAUUAUUGAACUUUUGAAAAUAAAAUCAUUAAAAUCUUUGGGAUUCGAAGUAAAAAAGUUCAAAAGAGACAAAUUAAAUGCUCAUCUGGAAAAUAUUACUAGCCAGAAUUCCGGUGAAGAUCUUAAUUUGGAAACUAUUAAGAUAACGUGUUCAAUAUUAUAUCCUGAAGAUACAUUCACUGCUUUUUUCGUGAAAGUUUUAUCUUUAUUCCAUAAAUAUGUUUUUAUAGAAGAUUCUGUUAUGCAACAGCCAGAUGUUUCAGAGGCUGAUUAUGGAG